UUUUGUACAGACUAAUUUGUUUUUAUUCAUUUGAGUCAGUUUUUACUGUUGAUUCGUAAUUUAUAAAUUUGAACAGAGGUACUGGAUAUAAUUAAUUGUGGUUGUUUCUUUUUUCAGAACCGACCUGAGGAUUGUCACAGAGGCCGUCCAAAGCAAAAGCUUGAACAACUUAAUAAUGGAACCAAUGGCGGACCCCUCCAUGAACGCCACCGAACUGAAAAAAGCCCUGGAAUGGGAACUCUCCUUGGACAGCAGGGACCUGCGGUCGCACGCGUGGUAUCACGGCGCCAUUCCCCGCUCCAGAGCCGAGGACAUUGUCCGCGAGGAGGGUGGCUUCCUCGUGCGCGACUGCACCUCUCAACCGGGCAACUACGUACUGACUUGCCGCACGAAGACACACGCACUGCACUUCGUCAUCAACAAGAUUAUCCUGCAACAGGACACCGUGUACGAACGCGUCCAGUACCAAUUCGAGGAGGACGCCUUUGACACGGUGCCCGAUCUCAUCACCUUCUAUGUAGGGUCGGGCAAGCCUAUCACUGUAGCUUCCGGCGCGAGGAUACAGUUUCCUAAGAACAGGAUGUACCCCUUGUCGUUCUAUGCCUCUAAGUACCCCACGCCUUUACCCCAGAGUAGGCUGACAUCGCCAGCCACCACUCCAGUGGGACACUACCGGCAUAGCCCUUUGCAACCUUACAGACCUUCCAGUUCUCCCACACGUCCUUCCAGAGAUGGACCACCUAGGUUGCCCUCGAAGAAACAGAGAUCCCAAUCUCUUACACCCAACGAAGUAAACAGAAUCUCUCAAGAAAAAUGCAACAGUGCUGACGGGGUGAUCCAGUCUCCUCUGAUGACGAGAUCUGCAGGUUCAGACGCCACUACCGCUGGUUUGAAAUUCUCCACACACUCACUUCCAAGAAACCCACAUAAUAAACUGUCCUUAUCCAGCAGCUCGAACACUUUGGGACGAAAUUGCAGAAUAACCAGCGACUCCACUUUGUCCCCCUGUGCUGAACGUAGAUUUUUCAACGAAAACGAUUCUGGACUGUCAGAAUCACCACCCCCAAAACCUUCAAGAUUUCCUUGCUUAGUAAGAACAGAGUCAAGGGACUCGGAUGUGACGGAUACCAGGCACAGCCUAGACAGCGGCUUCCUCACCCACGGAAGCCUCCAAAGGGUCACCUCCUACCAUGCGUCUGGGUCAGAUUCCGGAAACGGUUCUGGCGAUUCCACACUCAGCUCUGCAGCUGGUGAUCCUGUCGAGGUGCAGAAAAACUCAGGUGUGAUUAUUAAAAACCCCAGGUACAACAUGUCGACUUCUGAAUCCUCAACGACGCUUAAGAACUUCGAGAUAGACUGGCAAGUGGCCGAAGAAAAACUCUUCCAGAUGCAACAACCUGAACUGGAUCUAUCCAGUAGGAUUGACCUAGAGAACUUCCAAACUUUGUUGCUUCCGGUUAAUGAGAAUAAGCCUUUGGACGCCCAAGCCUUGAGGAGGAUCAAAAUGACGUUGUUCGAGUCAGGACCUAGAAUCCUGGCAAACCAUUUAACACGGACUGAUUUAGAUUUAAUUUUUAGUAAGAGUGAGAAGAAUUUCGUGCAGUCAAAACUGACCACAGGAAUGGUAAUGUGCAUGCUGGCACAUGGACAGAGGUUUAGGCUCGAUCUUAUAGAAAGGACCGAAUGCCUAAAAUUACUGGUGGCGGUAACGAUCCUAACAUGUGCCGAUGAAUCGGAAAGAACAGAAACCCUAAAUAAAUGGAUUGAAAUUGCAAUAGAUACGAAAACAGCUUUAGGAAAUCUAUUUGGAUUUUGCGGCAUUAUGCUAGGAUUAUGUUUGCCAGAGAUUGAAAAGUUGGAUUCGACAUGGCACAUGCUAAGACAAAAAUACACCGAUUCUGCCUUCAACUUUGAAGCUAAACUCCGCCCAACACUGAAACACAUGAACAGUUGCUCAAACCCACAGGCCCCAAACACAACGAUCCCGCACCUACUGCCACUUAUACUACUGCUGGAACGUAGUUUGGAUGAUUUCCUCGCGCCUAAUGACCAGAGCCAGCUUUCGGCGAGUUGCUUAGGCUUGUGGGAAUCGAAUACUCAAGAUUUUGGCCUUAGUACUUUAUUAAACCACAUGGAAACUGCCAGGAAAUACAUGGAACUUAUACCCACCUAUCAACGAAAUGCCGAAAUAGUGUUGAGUGAAGCAAGAUUGGAUGAACUGACUUUAGAUAUGUUUAAAACAGAAUUCCAACUGAAAUUCUUGUGGGGCAGUAGGGGAGCUUUCGCUAGUGCUAACGAAAGACAUACCAAAUUUGAACAAGUACUUACGGUGAUGGCGGAGAAGUACUGUAAUUUGAAAAGUGAAACUGAAGUGUGAAAAUUUAAAUGUGAUCAUUAUGUACAUAUAGUUGUUUAAUAAAUUAACUUUAACCUUAAAAAAUCACAAAAGAGUUUAUAGAAACAUUAUUUAUUAAAUGAAAUGAAGCUGAAUAAAUAUACUUUAAGAAUUUUAGGUAAUAAUUCUUUUGUGAUAUGUUAAGGAGAUAAGUCAAACAAAAAUUAAUCAUUUUGUUCUCUUAACUUUUUUAUUUUGUUAUAAACUGAUAUAAAUUAUUACGAUAUUCAAGAUAAUUAAAACUCCCACCAAUAUUUUAUUUAUAUUAUGAAUACCUAGAAUGAAUCGCCUACAAGUUAUAGAUUUAUAUAAAAUUAGUGCAACCGAAACACAAUACUAUAUGACUGUUUAUAGAAUUUGGUAGUAAAUGUAUGUUAGACUUUAUAGAACAAAAAAAAGUUUGCUAAUUUUUGUUUGACUAUUUUAUGUAAUGGAUUUAAUUUUUACAUAUCAAAAUUGUUAUGAUUAUUUCGAUAUUUCGCUGAAACAACCAAAAACAACCUCUUGAUAACACCAUUCAGCUUGGUUAAACGAAAUUUAGGUCAUGUAAAAAAAUAAGCUUUAAACUGUAAUUAGUAGAAUUAGAAUUUUAUAAAAGGUGCUCAUUUAUUAUAUUAAUGUAAGGAAAUAAUCAAAGAUUAUUACAUGUAAAUCAAAACGGAUUGAGAAUUUUUGUUAUUUAUCUUUACAUUUCUGACAAUACAAUAUAAAGACUGCAGCAAUUGCUAUUUAAUGAUAUGCAAUUUAUGUAAAAAAUUAACCCUUUCAUGAAGCCAUUAAUGUAUCGUGCCACCAGACUGGUUUAGGACAGUUCCCGUAACAAAAUCAUCAAAGUUCUUGUCAUUUUUCAAAAUUUUGAUAUGAAAACUUGUGCAUAGGUUUUAGUAUGACGUACUGAAUUGGUUACCGUAUUUGACAAAAAAAUUGAAAGGGUUAACCAUCUGUUCAGAACUAGGAAAUUGCUUAAAAUUUUGGCUGUAGCUUAGCUUACGACAGUUUCGUCUAUUUUGUGAAACACAGUUCUGCCUUUUUUUAAACAUACUGAUCGAUGUAAGGAAUUUAAUGUUUCCUUAAAUUUUGUUAUAUUAUUAAGAUUUAUUUGUAUCAACUAAGGAAUGGCUAAAUAUGACCAAGUGCCUUCCAAAUUUGGACCGACAGAAAAGUUGCGUAUUUAACUUUAAUGAGCGACAAUAGUUACCUAUCAAAGUUUUACAAAAUAGACGAAUCUACCUAAACAUUAUAAAUCUACAAGUAAGCGAGAAUUCCUAGUUCCUGUCUUGUACGCUGAUUCAAUAUAAUUUUGAUUAGACCUACAUUUUAUGGUUACUUUGCAUUUCUAAAUAUAAAAAAUAUAAAUUUGCCUUCCCAACCUGCAUCACAAGUGUAAUUUGCCUGUUUUUAAUUUAUUUAUAAAGAACUGUACAGUUAGCAGCUUUUUACAGACUGAAUUUUUUAUCGAAAAUGGUUUUACAAUUUUUCUUACAUAUUUUAAUGUGAUGUUAUUGUAUAUUGAUUAAAAUACAAAUAUACACAUAUAAUACUACCUAACUAUAACAUGUAUUAAACAGAAGAGUAGGUUUAAUAAUUUAUUAACGGGUCUAUGAUGUCAGUUAUAAGUAGGUAGAAAGGAAAUUGUAAACAAAUAUGUAUAGUAGAAAACUUCUGUGUAUUUCACAGUGUAUUAAAAAAUAUUCCUAUAUAUAAACAAAAUAAAAAUUUAACAAUAUUA